ACAAGCACGACCACCAUGAUUUCCUCUCGCGCCCUUGGUUUGACUCCUACUUUCAGGCAGGCAGUGGUAGCUCAUAAAUCUUCUCAUAGCCUUAUCCUCCGCACAGCAGUCGCGAAACGUGGUGUUCAAACCCAGUCUCUUCCCCCAUCCGCCGCCGAGAAGAUUCUCAAUGAACAGCGCCUGAAGCGUCCCAGCAGCCCGCACUUUACCAUCUACCAGCCCCAGCUCACAUGGCUUGGUUCCAUCGCAAACCGUGUCACCGGCGCGGGCCUCAGUGUCUUGAUGUAUGGGUACUGCAUCGGCUACCUCGUCGCCCCCGAGACCUUUGCUUCCGCAAACGUGAUUGAGCUCGCGGCGAGUAUGCCUGAAGCUGUCAAGAUUGCUGGCAAGACAAUCUUGGCUGCACCCUUCGCAUUCCACUCCUGGAACGGCAUCCGGCAUUUGGGCUGGGAUAUGACCAAGUUCAUCACCCUCAAGGGUGCGUAUCAGUCUGGAUAUGCUGUCCUCGCCGCCACCGCUGUCAGUACGGUUGCGCUCGUGCUCAUGUAAAUUCCGGACAAUGUCAAAAGCGACCGAGCUAUCAACGAAAGGGAGCGCGUACCAGAGUAUGUGCGUGGCCUCUGGCGAGAUUAAUGAAACGUCCUUCCGAAGGAAA